AUGGAGCGGGCGCUGCUGCCCCGCCUGUGCCGGGCCCUGCGGCUGUGCCGGGCCGGGCUGCGGUUCCGCUCCAGCCGCGGGGCUGAGGAAGGGGCGGCCCGAAGCCGCGAUGCCCCCGCAGCCCUCCCGCAGGGCCCGGAGGCCGGGCGGGGGUCGCGGACCGGCCGGGAACUGUGGCAGGCACAGCAGGACUUUCCCCGGGCCGGCAAGGGGAAGGGGCUGCGGCGAAAUGCGGUGACCCUGGAGAGGACUAAAGGCUCGGAGAUCCUGUUCGGGGUGGCCCCGUGCUGGCUGGCGCUGGCCCGGGAGCGGAGGGCUCUGUUCCGGCUGUUCCUGAAGGAGCAGCGCGGCGGCUCCGGGCGGCCCCUGAGGGCCGAGCUGGCGCUGCAGGCCGCGGCCCGCGGGCUGCCGGUGCUGCACGUCCCGGGCCGGGCGCUGGACGCGCUCUGCCGGGGCCGGCCCCACCAGGGGGUGUGUCUGGAGGCAGCCCCGCUGCCCUUCAGGAGCCUGCGGGACGCUGAGGAGCCGCGGCACGGGGAUGGAGAGAGCGGGAGGCCGCUGUGGCUGGUGCUGGAGCACAUCCAGGAUCCCAUGAACAUGGGGGCCCUGCUGCGCGCCGCCUAUUUCCUCGGCGUGGACAGAGUGGUGGCCACCCAGAGCAACAGCUGCCCCUUGACUCCCAUAGUGAGCAAAGCCAGCGCUGGAGCCAUGGAGGUCUUUGAUGUGUACAGCACAGAUGAUCUGCAGGGCUUUUUGAAGGCUAAAAGUGCAGAAGGCUGGGAAGUGGUGGGAACAGUCAGCAGGCCUGAGGAUGUGGAGGACGUUCCUGUCAUCAGCUGCUCGGAAUUCCAGUGGGACAAACCCCUCAUUGUAGUGAUAGGGAGUGAAGGGGAGGGCCUGUCCCUGGAGACUCAGCUGCAGUGCCAGCGGAUGCUGGCCAUCCCCCCCGGCAGGGCGCUGCACCCCGGCAUCGACUCCCUCAAUGUCUCUGUGGCUGCAGGAAUCCUCCUGCACUCCAUCUGCAGCCAGAAACGGAGGCACGGAGGUUGAAAUCCUCUUUAUUUGGUGGAGCAAGCUGCUCAGUGCGGGUAUGGAAAUGCUCUUCCCAGGGUCUCCACCAUACUGGGAGUUCAGGGAGAGCCCCAGUGACCUGAGCUGCGUUUUGGCUGCUGCAGAAGCCUCCAGAUCCCUGCCCUGACACCGAAGGCAGACACCUGAUGGCGUGGGUGCCACCUGUGGGGAGGCAGACGGGUCUGGGAGCAGCACUGAAGUUUAGGCAGGAAACACCCAGGGCUGGCUGCCAGCACUCUGUGCAUCACUUGAACCGUGGGGACACUUUGGGUUGUGGGUGAAGGUGGCACUGUGCCCUUCUUGGGCAGCAGCUGCUGAGUGCCAGCCGUGCUUGGGAACCACUGGAGCUGGCUUUUGUUUGAUUUUAAACCAGGUGUGCAGCUGGAGUGGGGGGAAAAUGCAGCCCGUGGAAAUAAAGCUUUUGUAAAGAUUGCUCGUA